AUGGAUGUGAGCAAGGCUUCUCUUCUGGCGGCCACGUUUCUUCUCGCUGGCCUCCUCCCCGUUGCACUAGCUGCUUCUGGAACUGCGACGUUCUACACGCCGCCCUACGUCCGUACGUUGUUUCCUUGUCCUAAUUCUCCCAUUAAAACGCUUUCACUUGCGCUACGCGGCUAUCACAACUUUCUUCAGUCUUUCACCUCGUUACUCUACAAUAACAUCAUGCUCUACUAUACGUGCGCUUCAUAGGGAAGGAAACUCAUGGCAUGUGCUCGUUGUCAAUCUUCCUUUGCAGCUUCCGCCUGCUACGGGUUCCAGAACCGGGGAGUAAUGAUCGCCGCCGCCAGCGACGCCAUAUGGGACAACCGCGCGGCCUGUGGAAGGAGAUACCGCGUGACCUGCAGAGGGCCGACGAACCAGGGGGUGCUGCAGCCGUGCACCGGGCGAAGCGUCGACGUGACGAUCGUCGAUUACUGCCCCGCGGGAUGCCAGGGCACCAUCGAUCUGUCGCAGGAAGCGUUCGCUGCUAUCGCCAAUCCUGAUGCCGGGAAGAUCCUGAUCGACUACACCCGGUGA